AUGUGGACAAUUGAUCCAAUUGACGGCACAAGGAUUUUACGUGGCAAAAAGUUUGCAGUUUGUUUAGUAGAUGGUAAAGUACAAUUAGUUAGGAAAUUUUCUUUAACAGAAGAAACGAAAAUCCAAAUGGCCAAUAUUUUUUCGGUACUAGAAGCAUCAUUUCGUGAAUCGGUUGAAGCAGAACAUUCAUCUCAUGGGGAUGCUGCAAAAAUAGCUUCACUACAU